GUAGGUAUUGAAAGAUUUGGGAAAGGUGUGCUUUUAAUAUAUCGGACCAAAUAUCGUUGGUUAUGAUUUCCAAUGUUGAACGGCAAUGUUUGACUUAGAUAAAAUGUGUUUGGAUUCAAGCUUUAUCGUGGCUAGAGAAAUCAUUUGCUAACUGGGAACUGCAGGAGGAAUUGCGGGAAAGUCAUUACCAUUUCGCAGAGGACUCGCGUCUGAUUUAUCAUCAAGGUUCGAAGGAAAAUUUCGAGUUGUGUGUUUUGUUCUUUUUUCUAUAUGAAUACAUUCGUUUCGACCACAUCGAUUAAAGUAUUGGAACACUCAGAAACUACCUUUCCUUACGGGGGGUAAAAAGCGAAAGAAUUAUAUCCGAACUACGAUACCUCUCAGUAUGGUCUCGUGACUAUUUUGGGGGGUUAUAUCGUAUAGUGGUGGUUUUGUAGUGACAGUAUGAACUGCCGGGUAGGGCUUGACUGGAUUGCCUGUGUGGUGCAGUUGGCAGCAGCCCUCUUUUUUACGUUAGGAUUCUCCACCCAGUACUGGGCCACCGACGACGAUUCGGUGAAUGCUGGACUGUUCACCACGUGUGACGGUUCUUAUUGCUAUGAUACUCACGUAUUCUACAAUGGAAAGCCUGAGAAAGCCACGAUCAUGGGGGCGGCGGUGUUGCAGAUUUUCUCUCUGUGUGGCGUCUACUUCGUGGUACUUCUGAUGUUGUUGUAUAUGUGUGGAUUAUUCGACGAACGUUCGCUCUCCAGAGGAGCUGCUAUUACGGCCUUUAUCACCGCAUUGUUGGGCCUGAUCGGUGUCGUCAUGUUCGGAACAGCUAUGUCCUCCCUCCAGUACACGCUGAACUGGUCCUGUGGGGUAGUGAUUGUAGGGCUAAUAGUGGACAUUGCGGCCGGAGUGUGUAUUUAUAUCGGUGGUCGACAAUGGGAGGACAGUCAGACAAAGCAUCACAGAAGGGAACUGUUUCCUCCAAUCAGAAAAUCCAAUCUUACCUCACGCCUCGACCCGCGAUUGGAGCCGAGGACAAAUCAAAAAGGAAGGAACAAGAUCUUAAAAGCUGGUGUCAUCAGUCAGGCGAGAGGCUCAGCUUACAUUGAACAGAAUGAAACCAAAGUUAUGUGUGCAGUAUAUGGUCCAAGGGAAGUGGUGAAGAAGGAGGCCUUCAGUCUGAUAGGACAGCUGACCUGUGAGUUUAAGUUUGCCACAUUCUCAUGUCGAAUCCGUCGCAAACAUCAGCAGGAUAACGAGGAGAAGGACUACAGCAGUCAGUUACAGGACGCAUUGGAACCAGCGGUUUGUCUGCAUAAAUUUCCAAAGGCUCAGGUGAACGUAUAUGUCACAGUAUUACAAAAUGAUGGAAGUCCGUUGGCUGCCUCACUAACAUGCUGUACUGUCGCCCUGGCCAACGCUGGGAUAGAAAUGUAUGAUCUGGUGGUAGGGUGCUCAGCGAGAAUAACCCCAUAUCAAGUAUUCAUAGACCCAACAGAGACGGAGGAAUACAAGCCAGAGCAAGACAAUCAGCCUGGCAAUGGUAGUAUCAUGGUGGGACUGAUGCCAUCUCAGAACCAAGUGUCUGCUGUCACGUCUAAAGGGGAGGUCCAGUUUGAACUACUUAAUAAGGCCACCAAGCAAUGCAUUGAAGUGUGUCAGAAACUGUAUCCAGUGUUACAACAGGCUGUGGCCAAAGCCGUGGAGGUCAGACUGACCAGUGAUCAUGUGACUUGAAGCGCUGUUGAUUGGAGGAUUUUCAUUUUUAUAUCGCUGUUGACAAUGUUUCUUCCAUAAACUACAGAUAUUCAUGUAGUUAAACAUUUUGUGUUGGAUUCAGCACAUUAAAAUUGAAUUCUUG